AUGGGGGGGCGCAAGCGCUGCGGUACAGGCCACGCGUGGUGCGAGCCAUGCGGUGCAAGCCGUGUGGUGCGAGCGGCCUUUCUGGUCUUCUGCAUCCGCGAGCUCGCCGUGGAGGCGCUGCAGUGGCCGCACCUGGCGCCCUGGCAGCGCCUCGAGUGGGCGGCGGCGCUGCGGUACGACGCCGUUCCGGUGAAGGAGCUGCCGCCUUGGUGGCUCGCUCCGAGGAACCUGACACGCAGGGACAUCGGCGUGGAUCUGGUGAGCUUGGACGGCGAGCGGGCGGUGCAGUGCAAGUGCUGCAACGGCACCGUGCAGACGAAGGACGUCACCCACUUCGUAUGCGUGGCGCAGAACGUGUUCAGGGCUUCCGAGAUCGUCCUGGCGACGUCAGAGACAUCCCGCCUGACCAGCGAUGCGGCAGCCAUCAUUGAGUCUGCUGGCGUCAGGCACGACGUGUUGCCGAGCAGUGUCAUCGAUGAGCUACUGUCCAGCAGUGCAGCAGCGCUCCCACCGCCUCAGCGGGACUGCCUGGCGGCUGCCCCCCUCAGACCAUGCCAGCGAGACUGCAUCCGUGCCUGCAGGGCUGGGGCCCGCAUCGUCGAGAUGGCGUGUGGCACGGGCAAGACGCUGGUGAUGCGAAGGCUGGCCGAUAAUGCUUCAGGCCGCGUCCUGGUGUCGGUCCCGUCUCUCGCUCUGCUCUGGCAGCAUCGUGCGACAUUUCCUGAAUUCUGCCCCGUUGGGACCGGGUAUAACACGAAGAUCGCGUGGGAUGCGCCAGGAUACAUCAGCGUGACGGACUCUGUGCACCUCCUGGAAGACAUCCAUUUUUCUGAUAUAUUUGUCGACGAGGCUCAUCAUCCUUUGCCGCCGGUAUUCCCGAAGGGCGACAAUACAUAUCGAAGUCGCUUUCGCGACGCACAAGGCAUGCACCGACCACUCUUAUGGAAUGGGCCAGGCGAUCGAUGA